AGACAGAAUGGAGAAAUUUCUUUGUUCGUUUGAUCCUCAAUCAAUCAACCGAGUAUGGGCAAUUUCCAAUUAAUCAAUUAAACAAUAAGAAAGUGCUAAGAAUUUUACAACUUCGAGGAAAAGUCUAUAAUUAAAAAUGAACCACCUAACACGGCAAAUCCACUUACUGCUAUAAAUUGGAGAGUUUGCAGCCUUGUUUAUCCAGAAAAGUAAGAAUUCGUGGUUUAGUAUUUAAGAAAGAUGGGAACUAAGUUAGUGGCAAUGCUAGUGAUGAUGGUGCUUUCAUUGCUAAAUGGAUGGUAUUGUUUAGGGUGCUGGGAGGAAGAAAAUGUUGCUCUUUUGCACCUUAGAGAAAAUAUAAACUUCCCAGAUGGAGAAUCGCUGUCUUCAUGGGUGGUUAAUGAGACUGCAACUGAUUGUUGUCGAUGGGAAUCGGUUGAAUGCAGCAACACAACUAAAAGAGUAAUCCAGCUUAAUCUUUUUAACAUCAGGGAGAGGGCAUUAGGAGAUUGGUAUUUUAAUGCGUCUCUGUUUCUUCCAUUUCGAGAGCUCAGAAAUCUCUCUUUGAAUUCGAAUCAGUUAGUAGGAUGGAUUGAGAAUGAAGGUAUUGAUAGACUGUCGAAGUUGAGAAAUUUGGAGGCCCUUAAUUUGAGUUGGAAUUCAUUUGAUAACAAAAUUUUGUCAUCUCUUAGUCGGCUUUCUUCUCUAAAGUAUCUGGGCUUUCAAUACAACUAUUUAAUGAGAAAAAAAAUCAGCAACAGCAGUGAAAGGCUCUUCGGAUUAACCAAGCUGGAAGUUCUUGAUUUCAAUGGUAACGAUGAUAUUAGCAACGGCGACAUUCUGUCGAUACUAAAUCUGAAUGAUUUUAUCAAUUUGAAGGAGCUCGACCUAAGUUACAAUCAAUUUGGAAGCUCGGGUACCAUUUAUGGCAUCAAAAGUAUGCAUCGUCUUCGAGUGCUAAAAUUAGAUGGCAUAAUUUUCUCCUCCAACAUUAGCAACAUGGUGCAAUCUUUGAGGGCAUUCUCAUACCUCGAGCACUUCUAUUUUCGGUACAAUUAUAUAAAUGAAAGUAUUGGAACUUUUGAGUUGAGACAUUUAAGAUCGCUGGAGGGACUAUUCUUGGACAAUUCUACAGUCGAUGGAAACUUUCUACAAAGUAUUGGAGCAUUGAGUUCUCUCAAGAUUUUAUCUUUGUCUCGUUGCAAACUCAAUGGCAACCUACCCGUUCGAGAGUUGAGACAUUUAAGACAGUUGGAGCAAUUGUUCUUGGACUAUUCUGAUGUGGAUGGGAACUUUCUACAAAAUAUUGGAGCAUUUAGUUCCCUCAAGAUUUUAUCUCUGUCUAGUUGUGGACUCAAUGGUACCCUUCCCGUUCGAGGGUGGUGUGAACUUAAAAACCUCCAAAAGUUAGAUUUGAGUUGGAAUGAGUAUGAAGGAAUGCUUCCUUCAUGUGUUGCGAACAUGACCUCUCUUAGAUUCUUUAGGCUUUCUUACAAUAAGUUCACCGGAAAUAUUGCCUCAUCUCCACUUUCCAAACUCACAUCGCUUGAAUAUCUCUCCCUUUCAAGUAACCACUUUCAAGUUCCAAUUUCUUUCAAGGCAUUCUUCAAUCAUUCAAACUUAAAGCAUUUAUUUGUGCGAACCAAUGAAAUAAUAAAUGAAAACGAGUUGGAAAAAUGGGUUCCCAGUUUUCAACUAGAGGAUUUUGAUAUUUCAAAUUGUAGUGGCCAUCCAAAACUACCCAACUUCGUUUACUAUCAAUCUAACUUGAGAUUAAUUGGUCUCUCAAAGAGCAACAUAGGAGGGAAUUUUCCAGCUUGGUUGUUAGAGAACAACAUAGGACUUUCGUAUCUUUUCCUGAGGGCUAAUGCUUUUACAGGAACUCUCAUGUUGCCAACAAGCACCAAUCAUGACAUGCAGGCUUUCGAUGUAUCUAAUAAUAAGUUCAAUGGACGUAUUCCAAUUAACAUAACUUCUAUUUUUCCAAAUUUGUAUUUAUUAAACAUGUCAACAAAUAUGUUUGAUGGGUGUAUACCUUUUAGUUUUGGUGACUUAAAAUAUAUAGAUCAACUGGAGUUGUCCAACAAUAACUUGUCAGGCACCAUUUCAAGUAGCUUGUCUACCAUAAAUUUAAUGGUGUUAGACAUUAGUAACAACCAUUUGUUUGGCAGAAUUCCCACAUCAGUGGGUAAUAUGACAUAUUCGAUGAUAGUCUCUAUGUCUAAUAACCAGCUCGAGGGUCCUAUCCCCGUGGAAAUUUGCAAUCUCAAGGAUCUUCUCCUCUUAGAUUUAUCUCAUAACAAGUUAUGUGGUUCGGUCCCAUCCUGCUUCAAUACAUCAACAAUAAGUCAUGUCUAUCUGAACAAUAACCAAUUAGAAGGUGAGCUGAUAGAAGCAUUUUAUAAUAGCUCUUCGUUGGAGUUAUUGGAUCUCAGAGAGAAUAAGUUCACUGGAAGUAUCCCUCAAUGGAUUGGCACUCUAUCAAGCAUGAGAUUUUUUCUACUCAGUGGUAACCAUUUUGAAGGCACGAUCCCUCACCAGUUUUGUGAGAUGAACAGAGUAAGAAUGAUAGACCUUUCUUUUAAUUUCUUUUCGGGUCAAAUCCCGCAGUGCUUUGGUAGCAUAUCACUGGAGAAAACCAAGAACUCUGAGAUAACAAUUCAAUUACGCAAUGUGCCAAUUACAGUGACAUUUACGACAAAGAAGAAUUCUUAUCCUUACAAAGGUUACAUCCUCAAUAACAUGUCUGAAAUUGAUCUCUCUUCUAAUAAAUUACAUGGUGGAUUCCGGACAGCCUUGGAAAGUUAAGUGAGAUCCAUGUACUCAACUUGUCCCACAACAAUCUUAAUGGAACAAUUCCAGCAACAUUCUCAAGCAUCAAAUCGAGAGCUCAGCUCUCUCCUAUAACAACUUGGGUGGGAAGAUCCCCAAUGGUUUGAUUGAGUUGGGAAGAUCCCCAAUGGUUUGAUUGAGUUAAACACUUUAGAAGUCUUCGGCGUGGCACAUAACAAUUUAACAGGUACUAUACAAGAGAAAGGUCAGUUUGGAACCUUUGGUGAAGAUAGCUACCAGGGAAAUCCUUAUCUUUGUGGUCGUCCAUUGCCAAUCAACUGUACUAGCACUGGAUCAUCACCUAUCCUACCAUCUGCUAAUGAUGAAAGUGAGGAGCGAGGUUUCAUGGACAUGGAGGUCUUCUACGUAAGCUUCGUCGUAUCUUACAUAUGUGAUGUGCUUUGCAUUGCUAUAGUUCUGUACAUAAAUCCUUACUGGAGAAGAGCAUGGUUCCAUUUCAUUGAGAUUUUAUAUAAUCCAUUUCUGAGGGCCAAGUGUUCUGGAUAAUUUUCCCACAUUCCAAAUAAAGGUACCUGCCGUAAUUCCGUUAUGAAGAUCAUUGUAUACUAUACUAACUUUUUUGUAACUAAUAUAUUUUUAUCAUUUUUUUUUCUUUCCGGAUUUCAUCAUUCGAAGUAAGGAAGCAGAUGUAGGUUUGCCUUUGAUGUGAUUUGAUGUUGUAACUAUUAAUGAAGUUAGGUAUCAAACAUUUGGUUAACGGAAAGAUUUAUUUUAAUGCUUCUCUAGUUAUUUAUUUAUUCAUUUUUGCCUUAGCCCAUAUUUAUAAUUUUUGCAUUACUUUGAAUCACAUUUUAUCAAAGAGAGAGAGUGCAACCUGUCGUUCAGUCUUUUGUUCCUGUCUCUAGGAGUGUUACCAUUACUUAGAAGUGAUUGUAUCUUGAAAGUAUGUAAACAUCGGGUAGGAAAAAGUUGCCUUCAAGGAAAGAAAAGUUAAACGGUUGGGUUGAACACUAGAGGCAAGUAUAGGACGUCAUUUUUUAUUG